AUUAUUUCAAAUCUGAUACGGUAAGUCGAUGACGAGUUACUUCGCCUCGUUCGUUCGAACGUGUCAUGAAGAUUGUUUGUCCACUACAGAUAAGAGAAAUUAUCGAAAAUAUAUACUACGAUUGGAAGUUUUUCAAGAAUAAAGCGGAACUCGAUAUAAUGAAUGAUUACGCCAACAUUGCGAAACAGUUUACGAAAAUGUGUCUGCUUUGUCUCUGCAUCGGCAUAGCAGCGAUCAUAAUAUGUUACACUAUGCCAAUAAUUCUUGACAUUGUUUCGCCUGUGAAUGUGAGUCGUGCUGAAGAUCUACACUUUGCAGUGGAAUACUUCGUCGAUCAGUCCAAGUACUGUUACAUAUUGAUAUUGCAUUUGACAGUUUUCAUUUGCUUAGGAUUCAUCACAGUGAUAAGUAUCGGAAUAAUGUGUUACAGUUACGCUUUACAUGCUUGCGCGUUGUUUAAAGUGACCAACUAUCGGAUGGAAAGCACAAUGGACAAGGACGUAUUGCGAAUCCCUAAUCCGCAAAGGCAGCACGUAAUUCGCGACAGACUGAUUUGCGCAGUCAUCAUUCAUCGAAGGGCUUUUCUGUUUUGCGAUAUUUUAAUGCAAAAUUUGCAAAGAUCGCUUCUUUUUUUAGCUGUAAUCGGUGUGGUGUCUUUGUCAAUCAAUUUAUUUCGUGUGAGUAAUACGAUAUUUUGUACCAUCCAAUUUUUUCAGAAUAAUCAAGUAAAUAUCUCCUUAAUUGUACGUUUAACAUCAUAGCUUCUUAAAGCAAUAACAGCGUUCGAGGAAAUAUUUGAAAUAAUUAUACCGUC